UUUCCUAUAGUAUCUAUUCCCCCGAACCAAUAUCUUCCUCUCGAUCUUAUCUCAAGAAAUUAAGAAAACAUUUUAAUUUCUCUUGUUACCCAUACAAUAUGGGCACUGCUAUAGGGCAUGUCUUACCCGGAAUUGGAUACUUUCUUGUGGGGCUAUGGCACCUUGUUAAUCACAUUAAGCUUCAUUCCCUUAAUCCCAAGUCCUACACCGCCUUAGCAUUUUUUCCCAUCUCAAAUAUGAAAUACUUGGAGCUCUACCUAAUGAUGGGAGCAAGUGGUUUCUUUAUACUCAUGGAGCUCCUCAUAGGCCAAGUAGGCCACACCCUUAUCAUAGACGGUGGCAUCUCCGGACACCACCUCCGUAACUUCGAGCACGCGUUCAUCACCUUAUGGAUAUUCAUCUACGCCGCCUUCGCCUUGAUCUUGGACCGUUUUUCUCGAUCAAGUUCUCAAUUCUAUGGCCUAACCCUAACCCUAGCCUUCGUGGCCUUCGGUCAAGAGUACCUCAUGUUCUACUUCCACUCCACGGACCACAUGGGACUCGAGGGCCACUACCAUUGGCUUCUUCAGAUCGCCACCCUUCUCUCGCUCGUAACCACAGCAUUCGGAAUUGGAAACAGGAGGAGCUUCUUGCUAAGCUUUGUGAGAUCGUUCAGCAUUCUUUUCAAGGGAGCUUGGUAUGUCGUGAUGGGAGUCGUGUUUUGGAACCCUUGGUUAACGCCGAAAGGAUGCUUUAUAGUUAAGGAGGAGUAUUAUAGAGUGAGGUGUCAUACGAAGGAGGCGCUCGAGAGGGCGAAAGCCUUGACGAACCUUGAGUUUAGUUGGUUUUUGGUGUUUUUCGUUGUGUUAACGGUGUGUUUGUACUUAUAUAUGAUCAGAAUAUAUCCGGAAAAAGUCGGAUAUCAACCGUUGAUGGAAAAGAGUUUUGACACGUCCGAUGAUGAUCUUGAUAAAAAGGAAGGUGAAGACGGUGAAGGGAGACAGAAGAGAUGCAAACCGGCACCCUUAAACAGCUGCAUUGAAAUGGGGAUUGGAAUUAAUGCAUAAUUAUAUAUGGACAUAAUUAAUUAAAGAAGUUGAUGCUUGACUAAAAACAUGGAUCUGCAUGGUGUGUAUGUGAUCUUGUUGUUUAUUUGCUUAUUUGAUGUUUUUCAAUGAAUUAUAAGAAUCCUUAAUUCCUUAUACCGAACAAA